AUAUGUUUAGAAAAAUGUGUGGUUUAACGGUCUGAAAUAGUCAAAAGUUGUUCCUUGAGUAGCAGAGUUCAUGAGAAGCGGGAAAUGAAAGUGCUGCAUGUUCAGGAUGUGAUCAUGAGUUGUGCGUGGCGACUGGCUCCUGUGGAACCAAUGACUCUGAUUGAGGCGACAGGUAGUUAAUGAGUGACAGGGGAGAGGUGCAACCUUCAGCAGACAUUUGUUCAGCUCUGACUGUGUGACUCAUUCUGUCACAAGAGGAACAUAUCUGAGUUUGUUUAUUAUACUGCCAGGACUGGAUAACAGGACUUUGUGGAGGCUUUACUUUUUGUGUAGUUGUUAGUUGGGACUGAAACAGAGGGCUGCUAUGGCUGACACACGUUCUCAGCCCCCGGCCUCUGGCUCGGCUGCUAAGAUGGACCAGGUUCAGAGUCAGGUGAACGAGGUUAAAGUUAUUCUGACAGAUAACAUCAGCAAAGUGCUGGAGAGAGGGGACAGAUUAGAUGAUCUGAUCGGCAAGACUGAUGACCUGCAGGCGUCUGCUGACUCGUUCCAAAGAACAUCCACACGGGUUGCCCGGAAAUACUGGUGGAAAAACAUUAAAAUGAUGGUUAUAAUCGGGGUGAUUGUGCUGAUCAUCGUUGUCCUCAUCAUCCUCUUUGCCACAAAAACUAUAUAAAUCACCAAAUAUUCUCCUUCACCAGCUCAGGACUGAAAGCAAUGAAAAUUGAGGAUGAAGCUCACCUCUUUUGAGCAUUUCAGCAUUUAAAUGCACUCUUGAAAGUCUAUUUUUAUUUCAGCAGAUAUUUCAAGAAAUAUUUAUGUACAUUUUAAGAGUACAGUGCUUUUUGAUUAAGACUAAGUUUAAAUUCAGAAUGCACAGCUUAAAUUGCUAGAAACUUGACUGAAAUACUUCCUUGAACACUCCAACAUUCAUUAAAAUGUGACGUAAUGUUAAUAUUUCACAAAGGAUCACAAAUCCAAAUUAGUGUUAUUAUUUUUAUUUUUAUCGCAUAACUUUAUGUCCAAUUACCUGUAUAUAUAAUGUGUGUUUAUGACUGUCAAACUCUAUAAUAACAUAUGUAUUAUAUGACUGAUGAUUAUGAUGAAGAGGAUACAUUUUAACAUUUGCUACCACAAUACUGUAUAUAAAUAAUGUGUUCUGCUCCAAACAAUCAAGCAUUUUGAUUAUGUAAUAAAUGACUGAGGCAAAUUCACAAA